UGCAUUUCUCCAAUUUGGUAUUUUCGCGGUUCUUCGCCGUAACGUGGCGCCAUAGCACGGCCAAUGCAUGAUGCUCGGAUCAUCAUUUCCUGUCAAAAAAAAAAAAGGUAGCCAUGCAUAUCUAUUGGUUCCUUUUAACGAGUUUGAAUAUUUUAAAACCACAGAUCCAUACAUUAGAUAGCACCGAGUUAACCUGGUAUCUCGAUGAUGUUUUGCUAGAUGUUCAUGAAAAGCAAAAAGGUAACAAACCCAACGUCGUUCACUGUCCGUGCAGUCUAUGGAUUCAAUAGUGGGUCAUACCCUUUU